GGUUUGGAGACCAGUCCAGCUCGCCUGCAUUCCUCCUCUCUCUAAGCCUGACCGACAGAGACAGAGAAAGAAAGGGGGAGAAAACGCCGAUUAUUAUUCUCAAACGUGUUGGAUUUUUAAGAACCGCGGAGUCGACUCACACCGACUAGAUACGGCCACGACAAAAUAACCACGUCAAGCCGGCUUCUUUUGGACCUACAAUAACGACAAAAGGCGUGUUUUUCUUUAAUAAUGACGGGACUUGCCGUUAAUGUGCCUGUGUAGGUCAGCUAUCGAAAAGCAGCUUUGGUGAAACAGCCUCACGGCGGAUAUCUCCUCUUUUUUUAAAUGAGGAUUUGCAAGAUGGCUGAUGACAGCUACCCCUAACAAGGACAGAAAAGCGACGUCCCCUUUAAGAUUAGGAGGGUAUAUUUUUGUAUUUCUAUUAGUUUAAUAUAUAGAAUAUGUCUGCUUUAAAAAAAUAAUGACUAUAUCUUAUAACCGUGCUUGUCGGUUAAUCUAGUGUUUGUUUGUAACGUUACCUGUGGUAGAAAAUGGUGAGGUGACGUCUGAGGUAAUUUACACGAUUUAAUCGAGAUAAGGAAGUAGAAAAAUAUGUUGUUGGCUAAAGGCUGAGGCGGUGAAAGGCGAAUAAGGUGGAGACCAAAGUAAAAGAGGAUAAAAACUGGAUAAAAUAAUAACAUUAAUCUUUGGGUGAGGAGAUAUUUGAUAGAUGUGUCGGAGGGGGGAAACCAAAAGGCUCUGCAACAGCAGCCAACAUUCCUGCGGAUCCUAAAACCCUUUGUUUUGUGCGCAGGAGCUGGACUCGACUAUUAAAACGAUUAACUAUGCAGUAAACAGGCUCGACAUGAUGGCCCGGGUAUGAUUUUGUGUUUAAUGAGAUUAUAAGGCCUUUGUUGUCGACAGAAACCUGGUAGGAAAAAGCCGAGGCCUAGUGUACAGAAAUGCGAGCUGUGCCACAUAGCAGGCGUUAUUCAUCAAAUACAAAUGUCGCUUUUAUGUUAAAUUGAAGGGCUGGAUGUAGCUGUGUCGUUAAUCUGACUUGUGAAACAGUAUUUCUUGUCUACUGCCAAACCGUCGCUGGUUGUAUGUAUAAUUAAACUGCAGGUGGAGGCUCCUCGGAUACUUAUUUAUGAUUCAGCGGACAAAAGCAUUGCGCUGCGCUGUGAUUAUUGACGGAAUCAAGCGUCCUUGACGUCCAGAUAGAACAGAUUCAGUUUUUUUUUUUUUUUAAAAAGCUCUCUUUGUGUGAAUAGUAAUCAGGGUGUGGACUGGAGCAGUCCUUUCUCGUUGUUUUCAUGCUUCGUUUGUUGGUCUGAAUUGGUCCACAGUCAAUCAUAAUCUGACGUUGAGGUGAAGGAAGCUUUCAAGGUAAGGGCCUGAGCAGGCAUCAUCAGUAAAAGGGUACAGCGUCUUUUCAUGUGCUACACAGAGAUUUAUUCACCUCAUGAUCAUAUAAGUAAUUGUGUAGAUAUUACGUUCUCUGUGCCUUGUUCGCAUUUCAUGGUUUACCUGUAGCUGAAAGGCUUUUAGCUUCCUUUAGGCCUAAAACACACAGAGCUGUAAAUGGCCCAGUGUAUGUGUGUGUGAUUUAGAGGAAAGGAAAGUACCGUUUACUGUAAUCUGUAUAACGUCAGCCCCUGCUGUGUAUGUUGAAAUCACCAAGGUGUUGUCAUCCUUGCCUGAAGCCUUCUGUAGUACAUUUUCUGGAAUUUGCCUUCAUGCUGCAGCAAUAAGCAAUACUUGUCAUCUGUCAGGGAGUCUCCUUUAAUUUGGUCACAAGGGUUGAAGUACACAGACUGAGCUUUCAAGACGGCAUCGAGCCUGUUCAUAUCUUUUUCUCAAGACUCAUCUUGAAAGUGUCAGGUUUCCUGCGAGGACAGAGAGGCCUAAAGGUCUGGUAGAAGUGGGAAACAGUUAGUGUAUGCCUGUCCGCACCAUGAUGGCCUCUGACAUGGCUGAGACGUGGAGGAACUGUUUUGAGGAGGAGCUCAUCUGCCCCAUCUGCCUGCACGUGUUCUCAGAUCCCAUCCAGCUGCCCUGCAAGCACAACUUCUGCCGGGGCUGCAUCAGCGAGGCCUGGGCCAAAGACUCCUCGCUGGCCCGCUGCCCUGAGUGCAAUCAUGCUUACACGCAGAAGCCCAGCCUGGAGAAGAACCACAAACUGUCCAACAUAGUGGAGAAGUACAACGCCCUGAGUGUGGAGAAGGCCACCACGCCGGCGCUGCAGUGCAUCCUGUGCCGCCGAGGCCCGCCACUCCCCGCAGUGAAGGUGUGCCUGCGCUGCAACGCCCCGUGCUGCCAGUCCCACGUCCAGACACACCUGCAGCAGCCCUGCUCAGCCCUCGGGCACCUGUUGGUGGAGGCGGAGGCGGUGAAGGCCUGGACCUGCCUGCAGCAUGACGAGUACCGGCUGUACCACUGCGAGGCUGAGCACACAGCGGUGUGCCAGUAUUGCUGCUUCGCCCGCUGCCACCCCAGCCACGGCCAUGCAGUCACUGACGUGGAGCUGAGACGCAACGACAUCAGACAAAGCCUAUUAAGACAGCAGGAGCGCGUGGAGGAACGAGUGCAGGAGAUUGAAGAACAGCUCUGCAAACUCGACUCUGACAAGUGUGUGGUGGAGGACAGGGUGUGUGAGCUGAAAGAGGAGGUGCGUCUGCAGUACCAGCGGAUGCAUCAGCUCCUGGAGGAGGAUCUCGGUCGGACACUGGAGGCUCUGGACCGGGCUCAGGCUCGGUUCUGUCAGGAGAACGCUGCCCAGGUUUUAGCUCUGGGUGAGCAGCGCCACGAGGCCCAGAAGCUGCUGAGCUCCAUCCACACAGCCUUCAGUAAGGCGGAGGAACUGAGCUUCAUGAAAAACACAAAGCCUGUUAAAAUCCUCACAGACAGGUCUCAGGCAUGUGUGGGCAGCAGUCUCCCUCCUUACAAAGUGGGAAAUCUAAACUCUAAAUUAUUCCUCUCUGAAAUCUCAAAAAGAGAGAAGAGCUUGAAGAGAACGCUGGAAGCUCCCCUCACCCCUCCCUCGACCUUCCUGCAGUCUGUUCCGGCGUACCCCAGUGGUCAGAGCUCUGGCUCUGGAGCAGAGAAACGGAAACAUUCCACUGCCUUCCCUGAGGGAAACGGGAACGUUGGAAAAAACGCCGCUCCGGGUUUUAAGGAGUCCUCCUCCUCUUCCUCAUCAUCUUCCUCAUCGUUAGCCAAACAGCCCUACCUGGGCUCCGGCUCUGCCUCUGGAGAAGGUCAGUCUACCAAUCAGCAGCCUCUCGGCCCCUGCGGCCCGCCUCACAUCAGCGAGAGUGGCGGGACAGGAAGUGGAAGCGGUUCUCUGACCAACCACCAUUCAGGCUCUGUGUUCAGCUCCUCGCACUUUCCUCCUGGAGGCAGCAGCUCCUCGCACUCUUCCCAGCAGGCCGUGCUGCCUCAGUAUGGCGGCCGUAAGAUCCUGGUGUGUACGAUGGAUAACUGCUACUGCUCCGGAGUGCCCUCGGUGUCGGGCCACCGCAGCCAUCCCCCGUACCCGCGCUCUGGCUCUUUCCCCUGGGUCAGCGCCCAAGACUACCCCCCUCCUCCCGGCCUGGCCUCUGGAGGUCCGUCCAUGCAGGGCUUGGCAGUGAGGGACUGGAUAGACGCCUCGCAGACACAUAGACAUGCAGAUUUUUACGGGCUGUAUGGGCAGCCCUCUACAAAGCACUAUGUCACCAGUUAACAGAGUAGUUACACACACACACACACACACACACACACACACACACACACACUAGGAUAUAGAGACAGGCACCAAAAUAGCACACCUUUACCGUCUUAUUAACCGGAAAAACAGUUAUACUAUACACAUUCAAAUAUUAAGAUUUAUAGCCACACACACAGAUCUAGAACAAGUACACACAUUCGGGGGCAGGGUUGAUCUCUUUGUGCUUUUAUUUUCUUCUUUUUCUUUAUUUUCAGUCAGUGUUUCAUGUAUUGUAUUAUACGUAAAAUGCAUAAACAAGCCAACACGCUCACUCUGGCACAAUAGCUCAGCAUUUAACACAUAAACAAGAAACGAGAGGCUUAAGAGGAGAGUGAGACAUGCAUUUUUUUUUAUUAUUUAUAGAGCAGGAGAUGGAUUGAAAAACUGAUGGAAAUGAACUUUUAUUUGAAAACGCCUCUUUAUGGCUUCUCAUUGACGCUUAGGGGAAAAUAAAUAAAAACCGUGCAGUGUUGGGCUUUCCAGUUUAGCACCUCGUUUCUCUGAUAUAAUCACCCCUCUAGUUGUACUGAGGUGAAUUGCCUUAUGUUAUUAGCAUCAUAUUUUUCUCUGCCCAGUUCAUUUUGUUUGGUAGAUCCUUUAAAAGAGGGACUGCAAUCCCUUUGUGUCUCCUUGAUUUCCAUCGUCAUGGCACCUCUUCCUUUCUUUGCUGAGUUCAGGGAUGGAUCGUACGGCUUGAACACAAAACGCUCUUCCAUGGAACACCCACAAUGCACUUGUGGACGCCUUGUUAUGCCUGAACUACAGAUGGUGACCCACAGAGCUGCAUCUGAAGGGCCGGUUGACCCUGGCCCAAAGAGUUGGGGGAAUUUGGUCGUUAUUACUAGCACUCCCUUCCUGCUAUCAGGCUUCCCACAGGACAGAAAAUCUUCUGACAAAGACUGUUUCCAUUUAGUAAUUACUAUGACUUUGUGUUAUUUGGUACAGCUGUAGGUUUCAAGCUUUUCUAGAGAGACUCUGAUUUAAGAGAAAAAGGCAAGACCGGACAGACCAAACCAAUCAAGCAUCUGGAGGAUCUGAUGAUGCUGUUAAUUGUACUUCCUGCAGGGCAAAGAUGUCACUUCCUCUCAAUAAGCACACAAGCUCUUGGCUUCCUGUUUGCAGCUGAAAGCAUGCAAGGAAGAGUUUUUUUUAAAGCACUCAAAAGAAGAACAAUGGGGGGAAAAAAUGUAUGCAGUUUUAAAAUGAGUGUAUGGAAGAUAAGAAGGGUGGGAUGCAUUUUUUCAUGAACUUUUUCUAAAAGAACAAGACUAGACUGCAAGAUGUAAGCAAUUGUCAUCAUCCUAAAAAGGAGCUGUUACAACAGUCACCAUAAAGAGAAAAAAACAACAUAAAAGUAUCUUUUUUUUGUAAAUAUUUUGGGAAAUGGAAAAAUUGCAGACGUGAUUUGGAGGAUUCCAAAUAAACGAACAAAUUUAAACCGG